AGACGAAGCAUUUAGAGAAGAAAAGAAAUGUUGCUCUAGAGGAGAUAAAAUAUACACCACACUGUGUAUAUAGGCCAGGUUCCAAUUCUAUGCUCUCUCAGUACACCCACUCCUCCAGCAGCCAAUCCCAUAGCACUCAGUUCCUUCUGUUGUAAGCAACUGCAGGCUGUGCGAGAACAAUACCGGGGACAUCACUCACCUCUGACAGUCUCAGCCUGGAAAAGACACUCUUGCAUACUAACCAGGAGUCCUGGGAAGAAAGAAGAAGAACGAUGAGGGACACUUAUGAUGUCAUUGUCAUUGGUGGAGGCAUUUCAGGACUUUCUGCUGCUAAACUGCUCAAAGAGUCAGGAAUUAACGUGGUGCUAUUAGAAGCUCAGAACAGAGUUGGUGGACGAACGCACACAAUUCGAAACAAGGAAGUUAAAUAUGUGGAUGUUGGAGGAGCAUACGUGGGACCCACUCAGAAUCGCUUAUUACGAAUGGCUAAAGAACUGGGUGUGCAGACUUAUAAGGUGUUUUUAAAUGGCCACCUUGUACAGCGUGCAAAGGGAAAAUCGUACAAAUUUCAUGGUGCCUUCCCACCUGCAUACAAUCCAUUGGUCUACUUGGAUUACAACAAUUUUAUGAGAACUAUGGAUCAGUGGGGAAGUGAGAUUCCUGCUGAUUCUCCGUGGAAAGCACCACAUGCCAAAGAGUGGGAUAACAUGUCAAUGAGAGAAUUUAUAGAAAAAGUGUGCUGGACAAGUGCAGCCAGGAAGUUUGCAGAGCUCUUCGUAAAUUUGGUUGUAACAGCUGAGACUCAACAAGUUUCCACACUUUGGUUUCUAUGGUAUGUAAACAUCUGUGGUGGAACAACAAGAAUUUUCUCAACAGACAAUGGAGGGCAGGAGAGAAAGUUUGUUGGAGGCUCUGGACAGAUAAGCGAGAAGAUAAUGGAUCUCCUUCAGGAUCGAGUAAAAUUGGAGAGACCAGUGAUUAGGCUUGAUCAGUCUGGAGAAAAUGUCACUGUGGAAACCUUAAACCAUGAAAUCUAUCAGAGUAAAUUUGUCAUUAGCGCUAUACCACCAGUGUUGAGUACAAAGAUUCAUUUCACUCCAGAGCUGCCACCAGUCAGAAACCAGUUAAUACACCGCCUUCCAAUGGGAUCUGUUAUCAAAUGCAUGGUUUAUUAUAAGGAAGCCUUCUGGAGGAAAAUGGGGUUAUGUGGAUGUUUGAUGAUUGAAGAAGAAGAAACACCAAUUGGAUUCACCUUGGAUGACACCAAACCGGAUGGUUCUGUACCAGCCAUCAUAGGAUUCAUCCUCUCCAGAAAAGCAUCUCUGCUGGCAAAUCUGAGCAAGGAAGAAAGGAAAAUAAAAAUAUGUGAAUACUACGCUAAGGCCAUGGGAACAGAAGAAGCACUCCAUCCUGUGCAUUAUGAAGAAAAGGACUGGUGUAAAGAACAGUACUCAGGUGGAUGUUACACAGCAUAUUUCCCUCCAGGAAUCAUGACCCAGUUUGGAAGUGUGAUUCGAACACCUGUUGGAAAAGUUUACUUUGCCGGUACUGAGACUGCAACACAAUGGAGUGGAUACAUGGAAGGUGCUAUAGAAGCUGGAGAACGGGCAGCCAGAGAGGUUAUGUGCAAAAUGGGACUAAUUCGUGAGGAUCAAAUAUGGGUGCCUGAGCCGGAGUCUGUGGAUGUUCCUGCCCUGCCAAUCACAACAACAUUUUUGGAAAGAAACUUGCCUUCUUCUCAAGGCUUACUAAGAUUCUUAGGAUGUUCUGCCUUCUUCGCAACAGUAGCUGCCAGUGUUAUAGCCUUUAAGAAGGGUUAUGUUACAGUUAAUAGCAACUUUAACAUUAAAUAGAUCUCUUAACUUUUGGUAAGCGCAGCCAUAGAAGGUUUUAGGAAAGUAGACCCUCUUCACUAUGGAAGAUGUCAGUGAUCUCCGUGUGCUGUCUGAUAGAAUGGUGAAGUAAAAUACAUUGAUUAAAUGUCUAGAAUAAAGAAUGUGUUCAUCAGAAAA